UCGCCCCUCUGGCGCACACUACGUACAAGACAUACGACGAAAUUCAAAGGAGAAGUGGAGAAGCUCUAUGUGUCAACAAACACUACUUACGACUUGCAAACAAGAACAACAUUCUAGAAUCGAGCAACCAAAAUCUUGCGGAGAACGGCACAAAUCCCACGCCUAGGCCAUCAGCCAGUUCGGACUGGAAAAUUGACUGUCCUAUCCUGCUCGCAAACGAGUCUGUCAUGUACAAGAAAUGGUCAUUAACAGCGAUGAACAACACCCUCGGGCAGGACCCUUGCGUCGUUGCUUCCUACCUCGAGAGUGUCUGUGGAGCUUUUGCAGUCGGUCCUUUGCCUCCCAACACCUAUUACGGACCUCCCUCGGCCGCUGGAGCAGACUCUUGCACAUGUAAUACAGUAACCUACUCGAUGAUGGCCGCUUGUAGCGAUUGUCAGAAUGCCACAUAUGCAUCCUGGUCUUCCUGGAGCACCAAUUGCGCUCAGAUGUCCAUCAGACAAUAUCCGAUGGACAUUCCCACUGGCACCAAGGUUCCGAAUUGGGCGUAUCUGAACGUGACCGGUGGGUUCGACCCUAUCGCAGCACAAAAUAACGGAGACCUCCCGGAAUCUACCGCAACCAAUUCACAAUCUACUAUCACAGUCACUUAUUCGACCACGUUCUCUGCUUCUUUGACCAGUUCUUCGGCCACAUUUACAGGACUUUCUCUCACAUCAACAUCUAGUCCGACAAGUCCAAAUGUUGGAGCUAUAGCCGGAGGUGUUAUUGGUGCAAUUUUUGGUGCAGCCAUCAUAGGCCUAGUGAUUUGGUUCUUUGUCAGACGCCGUCGCUCCUCCACAACGCCAUCAGCCGCUUUUAGCGACACAGGCAGAGAUCCGGGCCACACUCAAAGUUUUUACUCCACUAACGCUAAUGCAUUCCCAAUGGCACAACCACGUCUCUACGACCCCUCUGACCCGACCACUUUCCCAGGUCGUCCUCACCCCUUCGCCGGCCCAGUUACCUCAUCUAGCAGUAUAAGCCUAAAUCCAUUGAUGCCCUCACCCGUCUUUCCCCAACAGUCGCGUCCUGGACGGUAUGCUGGCGUUCCAGAACUCUAGAGUUUGGACUUAUGUUAGUUUAUACUUGAUGGGAUACUACCAAAUCAUCAUGCAAAAGUUCUUAGGACGGCGGCCUAAUAGAUGGUUUGGUGCUCACCUGCAACUUGCUUCAAGGUUCGC